AUGGAGAGUUCAGUUGAAGAAUCAGGUAUAGAUCUUGGUCAGGAUACUAUAACGUCAUCACUACAGUAUAAGGAGCCACCUCAUGGAGGUCAAGAAGAAGUACAUCUUUUAGAGACGUUUGAAGAUUCUAGUUCACCAAGUGUACCUCUUACUGAUUCUGCCAAUGUCGAAGAAUCCAUUGGGGUUAGAGAGGUUAUAUGGCAUGGUGAAAUGGUAACGUUAUAUCCAUCAGAUAUUAAAUCUAGUCGAAUGGUAUUAAUUCAAGUUAUAUUUUGUAUGUGUAUGUUCUUAGUGUUUGGUAUGAACGACCAAUCUACUGGGUCUCUAGCGCCUACUUUAAUUGCAGAUUAUGAUACUUCUAUAGCUCAGCUCUCGAAUAUUUUCCUAGUUGCAAUGGCUGGGUACACUUUGGCUUCAUUCCUUAAUGACAAAAUACAUAGAGCUAUUGGAUCAAGAGGUGCUAUGUUUUUAUCCACUAGCAUGUGUAUCGUCUUUUAUGGGAUAAUGGCUUCGAAACCUUCUAAUAUAUAUGUCUACAUUUUUUGCAUGUUACCGUUGGGUUUAAGUUUGGGUUUAUUGGAUUCAACUAGUAAUGUCCUUAUUGGUAGUCUGAGAAAUCAUUCAAGCGAACUUAUGGGUAUAUUACAUGGUGUGUACGGUGCUGCCGCCAUGGUGACACCUCCUCUGGUAGACAAGUUUGUUCAAAGUGGUAAAUGGGAACAUUUUUUCCUUAUUCCAACAUCCUUAUCGAUAGUUGGUCUUCUGUUGAUUAUUCCUUCAUUUAAAUAUGAAACUGCUGCAAAAUACGAUUAUAUCUGUGCUACCGCUCAUCACGACGAGGACGACAUAGUGAGUGAUGGAGAUAUAGUAAUCCCAAAGAGCAAAGAGCUUCACUUUUUCGAUUUGAUGAAAAAUCCUGCAAUCCUACUUUACUCGAUCUAUCUGUUUUUAUAUCUAGGUGCUGAAGUAGGUACAGGUUCUUGGAUGUUUACAUAUUUGCUGGCCACCAAGUCAGACAACAAAACUAAAAUGUCGUAUGUGACUUCUUCAUACUGGAGUGGACUAACGUUUGGUAGAUUCGUUUUAGGUUUUGUCACCAAAAGAGCUUUCAAAAAUGUAUAUAGGGCAACAUAUACAUAUGGCCUGCUGACAGUAGUCUUCUACACUUUGUUUGCCGCAUUGGGUCUUAUAAACUCAGACUCUACAUUAUAUUUGUUCUUCCUGUCGCUGAAUAUAUUCCUCGCAGGUGUGUUCAUAGGACCAUUGUUCCCUAACGCAAGCAUAGUCUUCUUACAAGUUCUACCAAAGAAUUUACAUAUAGCAGGAAUGGGUGCCUCAGUGGCUGUAGGUGGUUGCGGUGGUGCUCUACUUCCAUACUUAAUAGGUAAUAUCACGCAUUGGAUCGGUAUCUUCCUUUUCCCUCUAUUAUGCUGGAUCUUAGUUGUCACAUUCAGCAUAAUAUGGGACCUAUACCCUAGAUUCAUUAAAGAUAAGGAAGAAUUCCUAUAA